GAUCCAGAAACAAAACAAUCAUGGCGGCCUAUAUGUUUUGAAACAAACUUCGAUCGGAGGACAAUCGGAAUAUCAAUCAUACCAGGAGAGUACUUGUUUUUUCCAAUAUAUCUACCGUUAUUAAAUCACAAAGCAUGCCUCCAAAAAGAAAGGCGGCACGAAAUCAUGCCACAAUACCUUCCCGGCCUCGGUUGGCAGCAACAACCAAUGAUGAUGAUUUGACUGCUCCUGAUGGGCCACAGCCAGUCAAUCUACAACAGGGCAGACUCAUACCGGAAGCUGAGGUAGAACAGCUGAUACAGAGGGCCGUACAGCAAGGGGUUGAAGCUGCUUGUAGGCAGAUUUUCCCCCAAAUAACAAACAACACAACUGCUACACCAGCCGUUGAACAGCAAGGGCCAGCAGCAACUGCAACCGGUCAGGCCUCUGGCUCAAUGCCACAAAUGGACGAAGCCGUUGGUGAGGAUACAGUGUUACGGACUGCCAUAGAUGUGGCAGCUACUGUGUCACAGGUCGCCCCAGCUAAUGACAGUGAUUAUGUGCCAUUCAGGUCUACAGCAAUCCCACUGCCAGCACUAGUAGCUCAACCUAUUAAGGACAAAAUUUGGGCUGGUGAAUUCAUUGAAAUCUCAAUGAUUGACAAGAAAGAUCACGAGAGCUUUGAACAAGUAAUAAAGUACAUUGCUGGGGCUCCUGUGGUGCAGUGGGUGCCCAAACAUAGGACAAAGACACUGUCCUUGGAUCAAUGGACCAAUAAUUUCCACAUAUAUGCAACCAUAUACUGUGAAAAGAAACCAGAGAAAUUUGCCAGUCUCCUUAAAUACAUGUCAAUUAUUAGAAAAUUAGCAAGUAAGGGUGCAGAUUGGCAGUUUUAUGACUGCUCCUUUAGAAGGUUACAGGCCACAAAUGGGGAUCAGGGCUGGGAAAGAGUCGAAUGGGAGCUAUGGCACGAAGCCAUUAUACGCAAAGUAGGACAAAGUUCGACCUCAGCAAAGCAUUUAUCUGUUCCACACCCCAAGGGUUUUUGUUUUAAAUUUUUAGAAGGAAAACCGUGUCCGGGUCCAGAAGGGGGAUGUCAACAUUUUCAUGGGUGUACCACAUGUCAGGGUAAUCACCACCCAGGUACCUGCCAUGGCUCUUCCCAAGCCCCACGUUCACAUUUUGGUGUGACACCAAAUUUUCGUCCCCAACGAUUCAAUUUUCAAGCCCCAUCAGGUCGUUAUCAACCAUACUCACCAAGAACACGUGGUAACUUCAGAAGUCGUCACCCCUAUCAUCGCCGAUAGACUAGCAGUUAUGUUAGAAGGCUAUGAUAAUGAGAAAAAGCAAUAUCUUGUUCAGGGAUUUAAGGAAGGGUUUCGCAUUCAUUAUGAUGGGGGAGAAUUUAAGCCCACUUGUCAGAACCUAAAAUCCGCAAAAGAGUUUCCUCACAUUAUCAAAGACAAAUUACAAAAAGAACUUAAGGCUGGGCGUAUAGCAGGACCAUUUAUUACCCCACCAUACAAUGAUUAUCAUACUAGUCCCAUAGGCGUUGUCCCUAAGAAAGAACCUGGUAAAUUUCGCAUGAUCCAUCACCUUAGUCACCCAAAAGGCUUUUCAAUCAAUGAUGGAAUCAGCCCAGAAUCAUCAACUGUCCAAUAUGCCACCAUAGCUGAUGCUAUAGGAAAAAUUAAACAGUUGGG